CAACGUUUCACUUUAAGGAAUUUUUUGUAGCUUUCAGUGUAUAAAACCUGAGAUCAUCACUUGGAUUGGGUCAGUUAAUUAUAAGGGAAAUUUGGGUAGAAAGAUGUUGUUAUUUUCUAUAUACAACUAUAUAGCCGGCCAUUUCACUUUUAUAUAAUUGUCUUCGGCCUGAAAGCUUCAGCACUUUGAAAGGAAAACAAAAACCAACUUCUGGGAGAUGUCUAAACGUUUCAAGCUCAAAUUCUCUCGUGUUAUACCAUCAUUCCAAUUUUGUCGAUCAAAAAAACCUUCCCAUUUAUCGGAGACUCCAGGUCCGGUGACCCAUCGGCUAUCUCCGGUGAAUCCUAAAGCAUUAGAUAUCUUCUAUCCGAACCUCCCUGCACCGCCGCCGUCGACACCGGACUACUCUUUUUUCAAAUGCCAUUUGUCACCAAAGAUAGCGACAGUUGGCUGCGGUUGCCGAGCAAGAUCAUCACACACUCCAUACUUACCCUCAGUGGACGUUAGUUUUGAGUCACCUGAUUACUCGUCGAAGAAAGUAACAACUCGGUUGCAUGCAGUGGUAAAUGCCCACAAUCACAAGCUUCAAAGGAAAACCUGUAAAGCAUCGGUUAGCGAUGAGAGCAAAAACGAGGUCGAUAAGAAGGAUAAGAAGAUGGAGAAAGAGAGAGCAACAGCAAGUGUUUCAUCGCGUGACAGUGGGUGUUUCAGCAGCGAAGGUACCGAAAACGAGGAGACCAAAACGCUAAUCUCCGCUUCACUAAGCUUCUCGGACGAUUCAUUCCUCGAGUUGGAUGAAUCACUGGCUGGCGAAUCCCAUAACGAAACCAAAAAGAGCGAGAAAAAGAUAAAUAAUGGGAAGAAAGUGAAGAGACUGAGAAGCUUUGGUUCAAAGAAAUACAGAGGACCCUCGAAACCUAACUGUUCAAAGACAAAGACAAAGACAAAGACGGGAGCUCUAUCAUCGGAGAGCACUGAAACUGAUCCAGCGAGACGGAUGAUGGUACCGCAUCGCACGGCUGAAGAGAAGGUAAGGGAAAGCGUUGCGGUGGUACAGAAAUCGGAGGAUCCUUAUGAGGACUUCAAGAGGUCAAUGCUGGAAAUGAUAUUGGAGAAACAGAUGUUUGAGGCCAAUGAUUUGGAGCAGCUGUUGCAGUGCUUUCUUUCUCUAAAUUCAAGGCAAUAUCAUGGAAUCAUCGUGGAGGCUUUUACCGAGAUUUGGGAGACCUUGUUCGGCGGUCACCCCAAGAAUCUCCUCUGAGUUACAAAUGGAACUUCAAAACUUAUUAAUGGUAACUGGUAAGCACUUGAUUUUCCUGUAAUGAAAUAGGCAUCAUGCAAAAGUAUAUUAUAUUCUUUCUUUUUCAGUUUUCAAGGGG